UGCAGGUACUCGCAGAGAAGGCGAUGAAAACCUUAAUCUUCAUAUGUCUUUUCGGCGUAUGCAACAUGGCACUGUCAAACAAAAAGAACGUCUUCUACGUUUGCGAUCCUGAAGAAGGAUGCUAUGGGGUCGAGACAAACGAGCCCUACGAAAAAGUCGUAAAAGCGGACUGGAAGAAAUCGGGUGUUCUACUUUUCAAGAAAAAGGAAGACUGCGAAAAGGCGUGCAAGAAUAAGCGGGCAUGACAAUGCUCCAUUACAAGUAGCCAUGCCUGAAGAGGUUC